GUUUGAGAAAACUUAGCCAAGGAAGAUAGAUAUGACUGUGCUGCCAUUUUUUUAACUGUUAAGUUUUGGACUCUCCCAGAAUGCUGAGCAUAACCCGGUUAGCCCUGGGGACCAAGAUUAUAGGAUUGUCUUUGCGUGGCAAGGCCUCCCUUGCUGCCACGAUGGUGAAAUAUCGGAAGAUGUGGAAGCCAACAGAACCACAGAACUGGGCAGUGGAUUAUCAGGAGAAAUACAUCCCGUUUUCCAAGAAUCAACUGGUUGAAGCCCUGGUAAAGGAGUUCCACUCUUCUAGUCAUGAAGAACGCAUCUCAUUCUUGCAAUUUGUGUCUCAAGUGGACUCGUCCCUUGUACACCAUUACUACUCUGUUUUGGAGCAGCUACAGACACUCUAUACACCUAUUGAUCCUGAUCGGGACACACUACAGGAAUUCUGUUUGACAGAUGCCGAACGAUUAAUAAAAGAACAGGGAGUUUUGGCCAAGAUGGAACCACUAUUGGAUCAGGCCAACUUCAACAAGUUGUCAGAUGAAGCACUGGCUUAUGCACUAAUUGUCAAUCACCCUCAUGAUGAAGUCCAGGUGACAGUGAAUUUGGAUCAGUACGAAUACAUCACCUUCUGGGCUCUUGGCCAACGGAUAGGACCUCUGCGGGUGAUGGCUGCAACUCGAGCCCAGAGGACGGGCUUCUUCGGCACUGCACGGAUUCCUGCAGACAGGCAUUACUUCAAACGAGUUGUAGUGGCUGCCCGAUCCAAGAAUGCCCAUCUGGUGCUGAAAUGCUUUAAGGACAUCCCUCUGGAAGGUCUGGAGCAGCUGCUGCCCUUGGUCAAAGUCCGCACCUCCAUCUUCCACAGAGCUCUGAUCAACACCAUGCUGGUUGUGAGCGGCUUGGCCCUCUUUGUAAAUGUGGGCAUGGUGGUGCUCUCCGACCUCAAGAUAGGCACCACCACCCUGCUCUUCUUCUUUGCUGCCUUGAUGGCCUUCCGGGCUUGGAAGGUCUUUGGCCAGCGGAGGAAUAUCCACUCUCUCGAACUGGUGCAUAUGCUGUACUACCGCAGCACCUCCAAUAACUCAGAGCUUUUGGAUGCCCUCACCCUGCGGGCCCAGGAGGAGCACGCCAAGGAAGUCAUCUUGGCACACAGUUUCCUCCUGCGGUGCCACCAGCAACCACAGCAGCCCUUGUCAAAGGAGGCAGGUGUUGAGAGAGACUCCAAUCCUGUUGAACAUCUGAGGAAACAGGUUGAGGCUUGGUUGCGCCUGCGUUCUGGGCUGGAAAUUAACUUCUGUGCCGAACGUGCCUGGAAGCAUCUCAAGGAAUUGGAAGUCAAGGGAGCAGCCCAUCCUGUCAUUGGAUAAGAGCUUCCUCGGAUUGUUUUAAUUGGUGUUUGGGGCUCUAAAUCAGCCUUGUCCCUGUGGUAUUGAGCAUGCCAGGUUUUGAAGGCGAGAGGAUGUGAACCUUAUUUUUCCAAAGCAUUAAGAGAACAGUGCCCUGUGGUGUAGUUACUUGUACCACAUGGAUCCUUAGAAGCUAUUGGAUUUCAGCUCCUGAGAUGUGCUUCCUUUAACACCAGUUCUUCUUCCAGAUAUCCUGUUGGAAAUGUGCUGUAAUGUUAACCUUUGCAUACUACAAAAAUACUAUUUGGGGUACAACAUUAGACCUCAUUAUACAAAGCCAUAAUGCACCUCAGAUUCUCUUCUUUGCAGAGAGGAACUUUCUUGCUUUUAAAAUAUCAGCACUUUUUAUUAGACACACUGCUUUUUUUUUUCCCCCUUCCUUUGAGCUGUUUAUUUUUCUUUCUCCAAGGAAUGAGUGGAAGCAGUUUACAUUUGAAAUGAGCACUGUGCAAAGCAGUGAAUCUCUUUUGCAUUUAGGGCGAGAUGGGUUUUUAAUAUCAUGUGCUAGCCUGCUGGGGGCAUUUCUGAAAAAU